CCGGUGGGUGCUCCUUGUUCCAGAGGGAAGGAACUAGCGCUAUGGCAGCAGGACUUUUCCGCCUCUGAUUCUGGAAGAUGCUAGACAAAAACAUGGAACUGAUAUUCCCAUCGGUGAUUAUAAUCCUGGGUUGCGUGACUCUUUUGUUACUCCUCCAGUGGAAGAACUUGAAUGGACCCCCGUGCAUAAGGGGCUGGAUUCCUUGGGUUGGAGCUGCAUUUGAGUUUGGCAAAGCCCCGCUGGAGUUUAUAGAGAAAGCAAGAAUCAAGUAUGGACCAAUAUUUACAGUCUUUGCCAUGGGAACUCGAAUGACCUUUGUUACUGAAGAAGAGGGCAUUGAUGUAUUUCUAAAAUCCAAAGAAGUAAAUUUUGAACUUGCGGUACAAAAACCCGUCUAUCGUACAGCAUCGAUUCCAAAGAAUAUCUUUUUAACGCUGCAUGAAAAACUUUAUAUCCUGAUGAAAGGGAAAAUGGGGACUUUCAACCUAUGUCAGUUCACCGGACAACUGACCGAAGAAUUACAUGAACAACUGGAGAACUUAGGCACUCAGGGGACAAGGGACCUGAACAUCUUAGUAAGGCAUCUCCUUUAUCCAGUCAGUGUGAACGUGCUCUUUAAAAAAGGCUUGUUUCCCACAAACAAGAGGAAAAUCACGGAGUUCUAUCAGCAUUUUCAAACUUACGACGAAGGUUUUGAGCACGGGUCCCAGAUGCCAGAACAUCUUCUCAGAAACUGGUCAAAAUCCAAAAGGUGGUUUCUAGCAUUUUUUGAGAAAAACAUUCCAGAUAUAAAAACAUACAAAUCUGAAAAAGAGAAUUCCGUGACACUAAUGCAGGCUUUGCUGGAUAUCAUAGAGAUGGAAACAAAUGAACAAAGUCCCAAUUACGGGCUUCUGCUACUUUGGGCUUCUUUGUCCAACGCUGUCCCUAUUGCAUUCUGGACCCUUGGAUUUGUCCUCUCUCAGCCCAGUAUCCACACGGCCGUUACGGAAGGCAUAGCAUCCGUGUUUGGCCCAGCAGGUAAAGAUAAGAUUAAAGUGUCUGAGGAUGACUUGAAGAAACUCCCUCUAAUUAAAUGGUGUAUUUUGGAAACGAUUCGUUUAAGAGCCCCGGGUGCCAUUACUAGAAAAGUGCUGAAACCAGUUAAAAUUUUGAAUUUCACUGUUCCUUCCGGCGACUUGCUGAUGUUGUCUCCGUUUUGGCUCCAUAGAAACCCAAAGUAUUUUCCUGAACCGGAAUUAUUCAAACCUGAACGUUGGAAAGAGGCGAAUUUAGAGAAGCACGCUUUCUUGGACGGCUUCGUGGCCUUUGGAAGCGGGAAGUACCAGUGUCCUGGGAGGUGGCUUGCGAUGUUAGAGAUUGAGAUGUGUAUUAUUUUCUUAUUUUAUUAUUAUGACUGCCGUCUUCUAGACCCAUUGCCAAAACCGCGUUCCCUACAUUUGGUGGGCGUCCAGCAGCCAGAAGGACAAUGCCGGGUGGAAUAUACACAAAGAAAGUGACGUCUUCUGGGGCUCGGGAGGGUCAGGCCUUCUGGAGAGGUGACUGCCCCCUCACCUGCUGGCCUGCAGCACCUAGACCCGAGCUCGACUAAAACGUGCUGCUGAACUUUGCUUUAGUAUUUAGUUCAAGAAAAUCUCCAAAUGGUACCUGUGUUUGGACCAAGAAUCUGACAUCACUCUCACUGAUAUGAAGACCUGAAUAUAUGGCUUACAGAAAAUGUUUAAAUGAUGGAAAGAAGAGGCAUUUCUUAAGAAGUUGGAAUUCGGUUUAUGCAAAACUGUAUUAGAACUUUAAAAUAGAAAUCAUGCCAUUUGAAUGAAAAUCUUAGUACAUUACUUCACUGUGAAGGUAACAUACUUAAAUUUCUGUUUUGAGAAAGACUAGCAUCAAAAAACAUUAAAUAAUGAUUUCUGGAAAUGUCUAUUUUUCUUACUAUGAUUCUUCAUUAGCAAUUGGCAUUUUUAAGCUGUGUUAAUAUUCUUUAUUGUAAACAUGUCUGAUGUUAAAAGUAGGAAUAAAAUGAUAGCUUUCUAAGACCUGUAAAGACAGGGACCAUGUCUUACACUCAUUUCUACACUCAGCCACAUCUGGGACAGUACCUUCUCCAUAAAGUAUAUUGAAAAAGUGUUUAUAGAUUGAUGUAUGGAUUUGUAUUUUAAUUAAGGUGAAAGCACUCUUUUGACUCAAGCUGUUUGUAAUCACAGUUUAAGAUAAUAUUUUUGUUAAUGCAUGGAAACACAAAUAUAAUGAUGUGUUAAGGCAAAUACCAAUGUUUGACUCUAUGACUUGAGAUUUAUGCCUGAAAUAUUUACUUUGAAAUCCAGAAAAGAAAUUCUGUCAUGUUCAGGGGAAAUAUAUGACAAUAAUAACAGAGUGAGUGAUCAGUGAUGUCAUGAUUUGUCCUUCAAUAUUGAAUAAAAUGCUGCUUGCCUCCUUUA